GGUCUCAUUCUCCAAUAUCGUUGGACAAGAGGUUGUACAAAAGGGAAGCGCAGAGUGAGAGAGAGAGAGUUCUAUUCUUGAAAAUGGAGAAAGGAAAGGGAGUGAUGGUAGGGGGUAGAAGAUGGGCCGUUGACUUCACUGACUACUCCACCUCUCCUUCUUCCCGCGACAUUCCCGAUCCCCCUGGUUUCUCUCGAGCCUCUCAAGAUCAGGAUGAUUCAACUCUGAGUCGGCAAAAGAAGGACGCAGAAUCGAACUGGAAAUCUCAGAAAGCUUGGGAAGUGGCACAGGCCCCUUUCAAGAAUUUGCUAAUGAUGGGAUUCAUGAUGUGGAUGGCUGGAAGUACAGUGCAUUUGUUUAGCAUUGGUAUCACGUUUUCUGCUCUUUUGCAGCCAAUUAGUGCCUUACAAGGGGUUGGGAAGGUUUUUGAGCCUUAUAAAGAUGUUAAAGUAGAUCUUCUUGGGCCUAAGUUGCUCUUUAUUGCCCUUAAUUUGGGCGGUUUAGCCCUGGGUGUUUGGAAGCUAAACACUUUGGGACUUCUUCCUACCCAUGCAUCAGACUGGGUUUCUUCCUUACCUCCUGCGCAGGAGGUUGAAUAUUCUGGGGGGGGUAUUCCUAUACGUUGAUGUGCAUUUUUGGUUCAAUUGGCCGUGGUUCUCAAGAUAGCAUGAAGGAAACUUAUUGGAGGAUGUUUGAUGUUGUUUAUUGGCCGACGGGUUUUGACGCCUGGCCACCAAGGACUGUAACCCUGUCGCAUGAAAUGUUUAAAUUUUCUCAAAACGCUUUAGCUGAAUUUUUUGGCACCUAAUGCGACUCAUUUGUACGCAUGAUGUUGGAAAUAUUGAUUCAACCAACGGUUACUAGCAGUCCGAUACUGUGUCAGAAUGGCAGUAUUUUCGUUUUAUUACUAUUAUUAAGGAUGAUUUUUCCUCUA